AACUCGGCUCCGGCGAAUUAAUACGCAACGAAAGACACGAGUCGCGCGGCGGACUUCUUCGAGCGCUCAACGAAUCCCGAGACUCGACAGUCGCUCCGAGCCACGCGGCGCUUUCUUCCCUCGCACAGCCUCGCUCUCUCAUUUCUCUCGCUUAUUUAUCCACUUUUAUCUUUCUCGCUAUUCCACUCGAGCAAGUGAUCGCUCCGCCGAUCCGUUUGUACAUUUUUAUUAUAAAAACACGAUCCCCCGCGCUGACAACGCCAUUCCCGAAGUUUUCUUCAACGCUAUUACACCAUGAAACUCCUUUCCGGAUUUAUCGCCGUUCUGGCGAUCGCUUCAUCGGCCCAGGGCGCCAAUUACAAAGUCACCGAUCAAGUUUAUCUCGACAUUAUGAUCGACGAUUAUCCAGCCGGGAGAAUAGUGAUCGGGCUGUUCGGGGAAACUGCCCCGAAAACAGUAAAGAAUUUUUUGACGAUCGCGACGAAGGGUAUCGAGGGCCGAACUUAUUCGGGCUCGAACUUUCACCGCGUCAUCAAAAAGUUCAUGAUUCAAGGCGGUGACAUCGACAAGGGCGACGGAUCCGGAUCGAUCAGCAUCUACGGCAAAUAUUUCAACGACGAGGGCUUCGAGCUCAAGCACGUUGGCCCGGGCCUCGUAAGCAUGGCCAACGCCGGAGCCAACACGAACGGCUGUCAGUUCUUCAUAACGACGAUCGCGACGCCAUGGCUCGACGGGCAUCACACAGUUUUUGGAAAAGUCAUCGAAGGGAUGGCCGUGGUGUUUAAGAUCGAGCAGACGAAGACGGACGUGGACGACAAGCCGGUCUCGCCGGUCGUGAUCCUGGAGAGCGGCUCGUUGCCGGUUACGGAGCCUUUCGUCAUCUCCGACGAUCCUUACGAUAUCUGGGGGUGGCUCAGAGCGACCGCGAUACCUCUGAGCUUCAGUUUUUCGAUUCUUGGGUUUUUUCACUGGAUGAUGAGGCAGCUGGACGUGUAAAUCGAGGAGGAUAAAUAAUCGGUAAAAGUAAAAUUGAGCAGGCACAUGCACGCUGUUGGAUUUUCAAUCGAAUUUGAGAAUGAACAAAUGCGGGGAUAAUUUACCGACGGUCGGUAAGAGCGAGCACUCAGGAAAAAGUUAUUACCGGCCGAGCGAAAAGAGGUUAGGAACGAUUUUUCUUUUGCCGUUCGUCGGGUGGAGAAUUCGACACUUUUAACUGUCGGAUUUUUCCCCAGAAAAUGUCUUAUCUUAUUAUCAGUUCGUCUCGAGAUAACCUUUCGUCGAUUCAUUUUUAUCUCAUUUAUGUGUUGACGCGAUGAGUCUUCUGUGCGAGCAGGUUCCGAAUCGAUAGCCGCGGCGGCUGUAAGCUGCUGCGGAAGAACCGGCUUUUGUGCGCGUGUGUGUAGAAUUUUAUGACAACAGCAGCGAAAGAGAAAGAGAAGAAGAAAGAUGACGCAAGAGAGCUCGUGGCAAUAACGCAACGAGUCGUCGGCUGCAACGUUCGCUCGCCUCAAGUCAGUCGUGAGCUGGCGGCUGGUCGUCGCGGGCCUGUUUCACGUGCUCGUGGCCUUGUCAGUUCGAGUUUAACAGCUGUUAAUCGUCGAAGCUCGUCGAUAAUGUGAAUUUGUGUGUUUUAUCAUUGAAAUUUUAUUGUUGUUAUUGAGUUAUCAAUAAAAUAUUUUCGUGUCCUCGUU